AUGAGUACAUCAAAUAAUAUUAAUAAACGUGUUAGUCAUUUAGUUGUGGAUUCGAGUGCAUUUAUUCGACAGGCACCAUUACAUAAUUUAACUGAUGUUGUUUAUACUGUGGAAGAUGUUGUGAAAGAAAUACGUGAUAUAAAAACACGUGAAUCACUCAAUGUUGUUCUCUACACAUUAAAGUUCAAAGAACCAAGUACUGAUGCUAUCCGUUUUGUAACAAAUUAUGCAAAGAAAACUGGUGAUUAUGCAUUUUUAUCAGCUGUUGAUCUUCGAUUAUUAGCAUUAACUUAUCAACUUUAUGAGGAAAAUGUUGGAACUGAUAAGCUCAAUUUAGAACCAAAAAUGAAUGCUUCUGUAGCAAAUGCAACAACAACAUUUGGAAAUGCCGGUGUCAAAUUAGCUGGUUUCGUUUUUCCAAAGAAUGAUGAAAAGAGUGAUGAACAAUCGGUGAAAUCAACGACUGAUAAUGCUGUUGAAAAAGAAGAACAAAUAGUAGAAAAUAAUAACGAAGAAGUAGAUGAAGAAGAUGCAGAAGAAGAGGAAGAGGAGGAGGAAGAAGAAGACAAUGAUAAUGAAGAUAUUCAAUCAUUCGUUACAGCACAUGACAAUGAACAUGAUCGAUUAACAGAAUCAGUAAAUGAUUUACAUCUUGGUCAUGAUGAUGAUGGUUGGAUCACCCCAUCAAAUAUCAAAUAUGUCAAAUCAAAAGCUCUAGAUAAUGGAACAACAGAUAAUAGUGAAACAGUUCAUGAAACUUUACCUGUUGCUUGUAUUACUACUGACUUUUCUAUGCAGAAUGUUCUUAUUCAAAUGGGUAUUCCUAUUCUUUCUGUUGAUGGUCUUCUCAUUCGAACAGCUCGUAGUUAUGUAUUAAAAUGUCGUGUUUGUCCAGGUGUAACUUGUCAAAUGAAAAAACAAUUCUGUCCUGAAUGCGGUAAUCCAUCCUUACAACGAGCUAGUGUAAGUACUGAUGCAUCUGGUCAACGUCAUUAUCAUUUAACAGGUCGUUAUCGACCAAAACCUCGUCAAUCAUUACCAUUACCUCGAGGUGGUAAACAUCCAAACAAUCCAAUACGUGUUGAAGGUCAACCACGACCACAAAAUCGACCAACAAGAAAAGCUUUAAUGAAAAGACAUGUACUCGAUGACGAUUAUCUUGCUAAUACUUCACCGUUUGCUGUUCAUGAUAUUUAUAGUCGUGCAGCAACACUUGGUAUUAAACCAACAAAACGAUAA